UUGACUUAUCUCCAUCUUUAUUUUCUAGUGAGAUGUCUCUGGUUUUCCCACGACCCAAUACCAGUGUGAUCGGCACGAAGGACAAGCGACUCAUGGCUGAGGUGAACGCCUCCCCGCUCAAACACUUCGUCACCGCCAAGAAGAAGAUCAACGGCAUCUUUGAACAGCUGGGUGCUUACAUCAAAGAGAGUUCAGCCUUUCUAGAAGGUACGGUGAACCAGUUGGCCCAUGCCUUACAUCAGGAUGAGGAUUUGGACGCAGGCAGUCUGGUGUGUGUCAUGUGGCCUAAAGCGAAGUGUGCGCUACUGCGUGAUGACCUGGUUCUUGUGGACAGCCCUGGCAUCGAUGUCACAACAGAGUUGGACAGCUGGAUCGACAACUUCUGCCUUGAUGCUGACGUUUUUGUGCUGGUGGCGAAUUCAGAGUCCACUUUAAUGCAAACAGAAAAGUCAUUCUUUCACAAAGUGAACGAGCGCCUCUCCAGCCCCAAUAUCUUCAUCCUGAACAACCGCUGGGACGCCUCCGCCAACGAGCCCGAGUACAUGGAAGAGGUGAGACGGCAGCACAUGGACCGCUGCACUAGUUUUUUAGUGGAUGAGCUGCGGGUGGUGGAUCGCGCUCAGGCCAGCGACCGGAUCUUCUUCGUCUCUGCUAAAGAAGCUCUUCAGGCGCGUGUCCAGAAAGCCCAGGGAAUGCCUGAAGCAGGUGGUGCUCUGGCUGAAGGUUUUCAAGCGAGAAUGUUUGAGUUUCAGAAUUUUGAAAGACGGUUUGAGGAGUGCAUCUCGCAGUCAGCAGUGAAGACUAAGUUCGAGCAGCACACGAUGAGGGCCAAGCAGAUUUCUGAAGCUCUGCGUCUGAUAAUGGACUCUGUGCACAUUGCAGCUCAAGAGCAGAG